AUGCGCGGCACCGACAGCCUGCCCUUUGACAACAUCCCGCCCCUAGUGGCGGAGGCCGGCCAUGUCCUUUCCUACAGCAUGCGCGGCACCGACAGCCUGCCCUUUGACAACAUCCCGCCCCUAGUGGCGGAGGCCCAGCAGCGCUACCAGGCCUGCUCUGGCGGGCUCGGGCGCGAGGUCCGCCAGCGCCCGUGGCAUUUACGACAGGUGCGCCGCCCGGGCGCAGGAGAAGCAGCAGAAGGUGGAUCGGCUACACUCUACCAGGAGUUGAACAUGCGGAGUAUGCUGCAGUGCAGUUUCCGCCCAAUGACGUCGUCGACCUCCCGGAGCAGCACGCCCCGCCGGUACAGCAGCGACCACCGCAUCGAGCAGGCAGCCUGCAAUGUCCAGGCACGCCCCGCUGCUGCUUGGGUUGCGGCGACGGAGAACGGCUAUGCGGCCGCGGCUGCCAGGCGCGCCAGCCUCGUGCAGGUGCCCGUGCCCCGCGGGCUUCCAGUGGCCCUCGCAGAGCGGGCUGCCCUGCCGCCGCGGAGGGGCAGCGCCGGCGCCGCGGGCUUCCAGCCGCCGGGCCGCGGGGCGCUUGCGAGGAGGAUCGCAGCACGCCGACGGCCAAGGCCUCAGGCGCAGCCUCCGCACGCACGGGCGCCUCCAUAGCACAGGUCGGCGCCGCGGUGGAGAGCAUGGAGGACUUCCUCCUGCAGUUGUACGGAGAGGGCGGCGGCGAGCCCGCCGACCUGGCAGGAUCCAGUGAGAUAGUCAGGCACCUCCGUUUUAGGUGCACGGGUACGUCGUGAAUCAGUCACGGCAUCGCAGGUCUGGGACUCGAGAGCGCCUCCACCCAGCCCUGGGUGCACGUGCCAGCAGGAGCGCCGGGCAGCCUGUCCAAGACGCUAUGCGUAGGGCGAAGCCUGACACUCGGC